AUGACCGUCCACCAGCAGUUAGGGUUAACAGAUCGAGAUCAAGGCAUCAAGCUUGCGAGCUGGUCGAUCGAGAUUAAUUUGCAUCGACGAUCACUCAUCGAUCUGAUGGAGGGCGGCGGUGGAUGGGAUGAUUAUCAAGGGAAGGACGGCGGCGAGCCCACCAAGUACCGCGGCGUGCGGCGGCGCCCGUCGGGCAAGUUCGCCGCCGAGAUCCGCGACUCCAGCCGGCAGAGCGUGCGCGUCUGGCUCGGCACCUUCGACACGGCCGAGGAGGCCGCCAGGGCGUACGACCGCAAGGCGUACGCCAUGCGCGGCCACCUCGCCGUGCUCAACUUCCCCGCCGAGGCGCGCAACUACGCGCGCGGCGGGUCGUCGUCGUCUUCCCGCCAGCAGCAGCAGCAGGGGGAGGGAGGAACAGGCGGCGGGCGGCAGGUGAUCGAGCUGGAGUACCUGGACGACCAGGUGCUGCAGGAGAUGCUCAAGGGCAGUGACGGAAAAAAACAAUAA